AAGCGUGAGCGAUACGAGGCGACCGCCAGCGCCCGGCUUCAUUCUAGUCGCGAUCCGAGUUUGCGCUUUGUGGGUUGUUUGGGCGUGUCUACAUUACUAAAAAAAAGAAUCUCCAAAAUGAGUGGCCAGCAGUAUUACCCGUACAAGUGCACCCCCACGGUGUACCCGGCGGAGCCCUUCGACCCGGCGGCAGAUGCGGAGACCCUCCGCAAGGCCAUGAAGGGCUUCGGCACCGAUGAGAAGGCCAUCAUCGACGUGCUGUGCCGCAGAGGCAUCGUCCAGCGGCUGGAGAUCGCCGAGACCUUCAAGACUAACUAUGGAAAGGAUCUGAUCAGCGAGCUGAAGAGCGAGCUCACCGGCAACCUGGAGAACGUGAUCGUGGCUCUCAUGACGCCCCUGCCCCACUUCUACGCCAAGGAGCUUCACGACGCUGUUGCCGGGAUGGGAACUGAUGAGGAAGCCAUCAUCGAGAUCUUGUGCACUCUCUCCAACUACGGCAUCAGGACUAUCUCUGCUUUCUACGAACAGCUGUAUAACAAGAGCCUGGAAUCAGACCUGAAGGGCGACACAUCUGGCCACUUCAAGAGACUGUGCGUGUCUCUGUGCAUGGCCAACCGCGACGAAAACCAGGGCGUAGACGAGGGUGCCGCCAAGGCCGACGCAGAGGCCCUGGCCAACGCGGGAGAGGGACAGUGGGGCACUGACGAGUCCGUCUUCAACUCCAUCCUUAUCACCCGCUCUUACCAGCAGCUUAGACAGAUCUUCGCAGAAUAUGAGGCUUUAACUGGAAAGGACAUCGAGGAGUCCAUCAAGAAGGAGUUCUCUGGAAGCGUUGAGAAGGGCAUGCUGGCUAUUGUAAAGUGCGUCAAGAGCAAGGUUGGUUUCUUCGCUGAACGCCUGUACUACUCAAUGAAGGGCCUCGGCACCAACGACAAGACCCUCAUCAGGAUCGUGGUCAGCCGCUCCGAGAUCGACCUCGGAGACAUCAAGCAGGCCUUCCUCGACAAAUACGGCAAGACCCUCGACAGCUGGAUCGCUGAUGACACCUCAGGGGAUUACAGGAAGGCUUUAUUGACCCUUAUCGAAUAGAUUGUGAGCUGAGUGGUCAGGCUGCCAACGAUUGCAUAACCACCUAUUUCCAAUACUUUUAAGUUAUGUUUGUCAAUUCGUUAGGUUGUUAAGUGAUCUGAUAGGUGAUACGCAUGGAUGACAAACUCGUUUAGGUUUUCAUGAGUUUGUUUUCGAUGCGUGAAUCUCAGCUUCGAAUCGGUUGUAAUUUAAUCUCACGAGAUCUGUAUAUUUUGCUUCUUACUCACUCAUUUCGCACAGUAGCUAACUGCUUCGUGUUGUCUAUGCAUGAAGGUAGUGGUCGAGUGUCCGUUUUACGCUAGUUACAGUAGUUGUUCCGUAUUUUUCAGGAGGACUUAGGAGGUCCGAUCGGCCUUCUCCUUUCUACACUGUGUUACUAGACACCGUAAACACUCAGUAUUACGAGUUUACAAGCAACAUUAAUGUAACACUUAACUUUGUGAUGUUUAAAUUUAUUUAUUUUUGUAAACGAGUACACACUUACUGUUGCAUUUUAUUUAAAGACAUUUUAUUUUUUAUAUUAAUUUAAGCUACUAUAAGAAUAACGUGGAUAAUCUCAUGCUUACACCAAUGCACGUUUUGUGAAUGGAUUGAAAUUACAAAUUAUGGGCCAGUUUCUUUUUGGUUUUAUUUUGUUGACGCUACAGAGUCGGUAUUCCGUGUUGUUCACAGGAUGACCUCACGGGUGACUUCAAGAGAGUGCUAGUCACACUUUGUGCUUAAUCCUGCAAAAUAAACUCUAUGAAACGAAAUUAUUUUUAUAUGUGUAUUUUGUUGAGCUUGGCAUGCAUGCAGUUAAAUAACAUGAUUCGGCCCCGAGAAGUUUCAAAGUACAACGGUGUCAUAUUUUGCAGGAUGAUACGAAGGGAGACUACAAACGAGUUUUACUUACUCUAGUGUCGUAGAAGCAUAAUAGUGCUACAGUUGUUGAAUGUCUGCCUUGCAAUGUUCUAGUUCCGAUAUUGAAACUGCCUUUACAAUGUAUUAAUUGUUAUUGAAAUAAAAGCUUGAUAUUUUUAUGAAAUGAGAUAUUUAUUGGUGCUCUAGUUUUGUUUACGAUAUACAAUACAUAUUUACAAUAAACAUUACUUGAAGUAUGUAUGUUCAA